AUGAGCGAAUUUCAACGUUUAACCGAUCGUAUUGAAGUAUUAACAAAAGCACGAAACACUUUAACCGAAUAUCUUCAUGAACUCGAAGGUCAAAGUACUGUAAAAACGUUACCAUAUUCAACAUCAUAUAAUGAUGUUACCUCAAUGAAUCAUCAACUACAAACACAAUUACAAGAUUCUCCAACUAUACCUCAAUCAAAUCGUUCAUCUCCAGCUGAAAAACCUCAUUAUCACCAUACAUCUUCAACAUCAUCCAUUCACUCAGAUUCUUCUCAGCGACCACGAAGUCCCAGUAUGACACCAAGUAAUUUUAUUCGAGUUCAUUUUCCAAACAAACAUACAACUGCUCUUGCUCCACGCAGUGAUGAAACACUCGAAAUUGCACUUGAAUCACGAGCUUCAAGACACUCAAUAACUAAUCUACGAGCUUAUACGCCAGUUUAUAUGAUUUCAAGGCAACCAUGCCAAUGGGAUAUUACUCUUGAUCGUUUACUUGAAACAGAAAUUGAACUCGAAGAAAAUCUUAAGUUAGAUCAUUCAUUUGAAAAUAUUCCAGUACGUCGUUUUCCUCUACUAAAUGGUGUUCGUUGUAUUGUUUGUCAUCAUCAUAUUCGUGAAGCUUAUAAACGUUGUACUUCAUGUGGAAAUAAUUAUCAUAAUCAUUGUUGUUCGAAAGCACCUGUUUGUUCUCAUCCUAUUCUUCAACACAUUAAACAUCUUAGUCCUGAUCGCUUUAAUAUCGACCGAACAAGUACUCAAUCGCGUAAUAAAGAACAAUCACGUAGUUUACCUCGAAUUCCGCUAUCGAGGCCAGGUAUUAAUACAAGUCAAGGAGUUGGCCCGCAGAAACACACCGGUCAGAAUUCACAUGGUACUCCACUGCCAACAACAACUAAUGUUGACUAUUUUCCCAAUGCUAUACAAUCGACGAUGAAUAUAUCGUCAAAUUCACUCUUCCAACCAUUAUCAACAAAUAUGUCAUCAUCAUUGCCAUCAGCAACAUCACCCAUUCAUCACAUUCCUCAGUUAUUACUGACUAUGAAUGAUUCAACUGUAACAAAUCCAGGAAGUCUUCGACCUAGUAUGAUUAAACCGAAUAGUGAGGGUCUUAUUGAUGCAAAAAAGCCCGCACAUAAAUAUAUUAGUGAAUGGGAAAUUCGGCCGGAAGAUAUACUGAAGCAUGGACGAAUGGUAGGCAGAGGUACCUAUGGUACUGUAUACAAAGCAGAAGUGAGGUUACAUGGUAAUGUUGCACUGAAAGAAUUAAAUUUUGUUUCACCGACACCAACUCAAUUUCAAGCAUUUCGAAACGAAGUUUUCGCAUUAAAAAAAAUUACUCAUCAAAAUACAUUAAAUUUUUAUGGAUAUAUUAUUUCACCUCGUUUUGCUAUUGUUACACAAUGGUGUGAAGGUUCAACAUUAUAUAAACAUAUUCAUAUACUUGAUCGGCAUUGGAAAAUUAAUCAAUUAAUCGAUAUUGCACGACAGAUAUGUCAGGGAAUGUCAUAUCUACAUGAUCGAGAAAUAAUACAUCGUGAUCUUAAAUCCAGUAAUGUCUUUUUGGAUACGUCUGCUGAAGUUGAUGACGGUGGAGUUAGUUGGCGUGUAAAAAUCGGUGAUUUUGGUUUAGCUGCUGUAAAAACAGUUCCAACUGAAAGUUUCAAUCAACAAUUCCAGCCAACUGGUUCAGUUCUUUGGAUGGCACCCGAAGUUAUUCAACAAAAAGAUUCAACUUGCUAUUCACCUUUUUCUGAUGUAUAUGCUUAUGGUUGUGUACUAUUUGAAAUGUUUAGUGGUAAAUUACCUCAUGCACCAAUCAGUAAUAAAGAACAGAUAAUGUGGCUUGUUGGAAAAGGACGAUUGAAAAUAAAAGUUGAACAAUGUCGUGAUGACACGCCAGAAGCUAUAGUUGAAUUAAUUCGUCAGUGCUCAGAUUUUCAUCGUGAACAACGACCAAAAUUUUCACCGGAGAUUGAUGAUACAUUAUCAAAAUUUGAAUUCAUAUUUCCACGUUUGCAACGUUCACAGUCAGAGCCAUGUUUGAUUAGAAACCCUCAAGAUGAUUUACUUGGUUUAUCGAUGAACUUCGGUGUACCGAAAACUCCGUCAUCCAAUCAUCGACGUUUCAAUGCUGAAGUUUCAUAA